GGGGGGGGCAAUUGCAGUUGGCUAAGUUUGUGACCCCCCCUCCCCCGCGCAGCCUACCCCUAAAACGGUCGUACAUAGGUCAAGUAGGCCGCUUUACUUAUUGACACCCCGACAGUCCCUGUGAGUAGGUACCUGCAGCGGCGCGUGCAGGGAAACCUCCGGCAUGGAAGGCUAAUGGUUCUUUUCACUCGCAGACCGUUGGGUUUCUGGUUGGUGUUCUCCGAGGACUUGGCCGAGGACGACACUCUCGCAAGGGUGUUCCGUGAACUAGGCUCGCGCACGAAGCACGUACAUAUUCAUUGCAAAACAUCCGAUAUGGAAGUGAUCUGUGACAGCUUGCAGAAUGCCACUUCUAUGGAAACUUUAAGUCUGACUUGGAUGUGGCCCAAAAACUUUGCAGCACCGUUCACAGGAUUUAGCAGCUGCCAAAACUGGCCGCAGGCGCUGCCUAGACUAAACACUAUUUCACUGACAUUCUGGGAUCACGACUAUCCUGAAAUAUGGACCUCCGCAUACGAAGACGAGCCGGCUGGCCAGGAGCCCUCCUGCUUGCAGGCGCUGCUGCUGGGAGCUCAUAGUGAGCUGCGCAGCGUACAGCUGCUCUCGCCGGCUGUGAUGCCGCUGCUGGACUCCUGCCCCGCGGGCCUCCAGCGGCUCACCGUCUCCGCUGCGCCAGGGAUGGCCGGGAAGCUCCGGCGGCUGCGCGAGCUCCAGGAGCUAAAGCUCGUCGACGCAUACUGCAAUGUCAACACCGCCGAGAUAGCGGACGCGCUGGGGACCUGGCACGGGCCGCUGCUCAAGCUGACGCUACCGUCCUUCCGGGGCCGGACUGGCUACGAGGACGAGGUGACCGUGAUGCAGGCCCUGGGCGCGGGCGCCCUGACCAGCCUGACGCACCUCAGGCUGCGCCUCAGUGGCGAAGGUGGCCUGCGCGCCCUGGCCGCCGCGCUGCCCGCCCUGCCCAGCCUAACCUCGCUGAUCGUGGAGGCGGCGCGGAAGCCCGAGGUGCUGCGCGACUUGUUCCGCGGCGCCAGGCCCGCCCUCUGUUCAAGCCUGCUCAUUGUCGGCUCCAGUGGCGCACGGGUUCACACAUCCGAGCUCCACUCGGCUUUCCGGGACGUGGUGCGCCGCGCCCCGAUGUCGGUGUCGCUGCACUUGAAGUAUCAGGCGCAGCACAGCGAGCAGCCUCUUGGUUUCUGCAGCAUCUGCAAAGCCAGGGCCCCGUUCAUGCACCACAUCGUGUUCGGCAGGCACUCCGCCGCCCAGGCCGAGUCCUGCUCCACGUGCGCCGAUGUGCGCGCCUCUUCGCACCCCAUGUGGACGACCUCGGGGGCAAUCCACUACGUUUGCGUGGG